AAUAACACAUGUGGUCAGAGGUGUUUGAAAAGCUGUAAUUAAAAUGAAGAUGAAAAAAAUGAAGAAGGGAAAACUAGAUUUCUCGUCCAUGAACGUGGAUAAUUUCCUCGAAAAUCUAGAUGUUGCAUCGGACGACGAUGAUCAAGCUUCCGAUGAAGAAGAAUUGCCCGAAUUGAAAGUAGCAUCUCCAAAGAAACCUAAGCAGGAAAAGAAGGUUAAGGAUGUAAAGCCAAAAAAGAAAUCCAAAAAAGCAGAUGUCGAGGAAAUUGUUGAGCCUAAGAUGAGUUUAAAAAAGAAAGGCAAAAAACAAAAGGUUACAGAGAAUGGCGAAAAUAAGAACGAGGAAAAAGUUGAGAAGAAACAAAAGAAAAGUAAGAUAGAAGCAGAAGAAGCUGAUGACGAAUCUGAGAGCGAUGACGAAUUUCAGGAUGAGAAAAAGCACAAAGAAGCCUUGAAACGUCUCAAAAACGUGGAUCCUGAAUUUUACAAUUUUUUGGAGAAAAAUGAUAAGAAACUCCUCAAAUUUGGUGGUGAAUUUGAUGAAGGUGGCUCUGGCGAUGAAGAUUCUGAAAAUGACGAAGAACCGGAUGACAAGGUCCACAAACCAGAGAAAUUGGAAGUGGCUAGUGACGAAAGUGACUUUGAGCAAGAAGAUGACGAGUCACCGUCUCACUCAUCAUCAACGAUUACUUUGAAGAUGUUGAAGAGCUGGGAGGCGUCUUUGAAAGCGGAAAAAAUAGACAUUCAAGUUUUGAAGGACGUUACACAGGCAUUUAAUUCAGCACUGCUAUCAAUUUCCGGGGACAAUACCAAAAAAGGUAAAUUCGUCGUUGAGGGAUCAGCUGUGUUCAAUGGGGUCUUGCAAUUAUGUAUCCUUAACUUGGAGCCUGCUUUGAAGAAAUUCCUGGGAAUUUUGGCUCCCGGAAACAUCAAAUCGAUUCACAAGGCUAAAAAAUUCAAAAAAAUUCAAUCGCUGUUGCGUCUCUAUCUUCUUGACAUUGUAAAUUUGCUAGAAAAUGUCACUUCACACAACAUUUUGACUGUAUUGCUGAAGCAUUUGCACCAAUUGGCAUCCACAUUGCCUGCCUUCCCAUCUAUCACGAAACCAGUCUUGAAACGGUUAGUCAAAUUGUGGAGCGGAUCUGAGGAGACCAUCCGUAUUUUGGCGUUCAUAUGCAUUUUGAGAAUCACCAGAGAGCAGCAACCGACUUACCUGAGCAACGUUCUUAAAGUAAUGUAUUUGUCUUAUGUGCAAAACAGCAAAUUUGUUAGUCCAUCGACACUUCCAAACAUAAAUUUCAUGCGAAGAUCAUUGGCAGAAAUGUUUGCCUUAGAUCUGAAUGUCGCAUACCAACAUGCCUUUUUGUAUAUUCGUCAACUGGCAAUUCACUUGAGAAACGCCGUGGUCCUCAAAAAGAAAGAAAGUCAACAAGCAGUCUACAAUUGGCAGUACAUCAAUUCGCUACGGCUCUGGGUCGAUAUUUUGUCAAUCACAAACAACAAGCCACAACUGCAACCCUUGAUCUAUCCAAUUGUUAGCAUCAUAAUGAGUGUCAUAAAAUUGAUUCCUACUGCGGCAUACUUCCCGCUUCGUUUCCACUGCUGUAGCAUGUUAAUAAACUUGUCGCGCAACACAAGGACCUUCAUCCCACUUUUGCCAUUCAUUCUGGAAACUCUUAGUUCGUCGACGUUCUUAGCGAAACAUAAAAAGUUGUCCAUGAGACCUUUAAAGUUCACAUGCAUCCUUCACUUGUCACAAAGCCAAUGCCAGGAAAAUGCAUUCAAAGACGAAGUCAUUGAACAAGUAUUCGGAUUGACGCUCGAAUACUUGGCCAAUGAAUCCUGUAGCAUUGCGUUCCCAGAUUUAGUCGUUAUGCCACUCAUGAUGCUUCGGCAAUACAUGAAGACCGGAGGUAAUGCCAAGUACAAUAAAAAACUCAAGGAACUAGUUGACAAAAUUGAAGAGAACUCAAAAUUUGUGGAACAAGAACGAACCAAAAUCAAUUUUGGCUUAAAAGAUUAUCAGAUGAUUGCUGGAUGGGAACAGAAUGUCAAGAAUAAGGGAACGCCUUUAUGGAAAUACUAUGAGCAAUGGCUUGCGACAACAACGAAGAAGAAGAGAAAGGAAGCUGCUAAUACCGAUGUUAUCAAUGCUCAUGAUUUGCCGUCAAUAAAGAAGACAGCCAAUAAACGAAAAAAUGAGGAUGGUCCUGUGGAUCUUUUCCCAUCCAGCGACAGUGAAAAUGAGUUAGAAAUUGAAAAAGUUCAAAAGAAGCAGAAGAAAACGAAAAAGAUAAAGAAACAGAAGGUAGCUAGCGAUGAAGUAUCUGAUGCACAAGCGGACAUCGAAGAUGAUACGACAAACAAUGCAGUAGACAUUGUAGAAGAUUUUAAUAUUGAUGAUUGGUACUCAAUGAUGGAACGUACUAACCAAAUCUCCGAAGAUUGUGAUCAAUUAUUGCUGCACGACAAUAGUGAGUCAUACGCUGUGAGCAAUGUGAAUUCCGGAUUCAAUAAAAAUGUCUCUUCGGACGAAGACGAAGAGGUGCUCGACAUAGAAUUAAGAAACAAAGAUUUCACCAAAAGAUACGCUGAAGUGUGUCAGUCAUAUCCAGAAUCUACACCACCUACUAGUAUCAAGAGAUUUUCCGACUUGAAACUGGAAGCUUUCUCGAAUAUCAGACUCUAUAGUACCGACGAUGAAAGACAAUCUCUUAUCCAAGAAGAGGCUCCAGUAGACACAUCAGUAAAAGAUGUGGAACAACGGAACUCAUCGAUGACUGAUACUGGAGAUUUAGCAGAAGACGAAUGCACUUCCAGUGGAUCUGCUUACUCGGAAAGCUCCAGCAGUAGGAUAUGUGAUAUCAGCAUUUUGGAGAGACUUUUGCGGACACAUUCUUUGUGGUUUAUACCGGGUAUCCAAAGAUCAGGCGCUGUGCACCUGCUGCAAGGGAAAGAAGAAGGAACCUUCAUAGUAAGAGGAUCCAGUCAGCAAAACACAAUGGCGAUUUCAGUUCGAUUACCAGCUGAUUUAGGCCCAUAUAUCGAGCAUUAUUUGAUAAUAUCGCAAAACGGUGUUCUUAGUCUCGAGAAUUCACGAGAAAAAUUUGAUUCGAUUCCAGCACUCAUUGCUCACUAUUCAUCUGUCUGUGAAGAGCUUCCUGUGCAACUCUGUCUUCCAAAGUCAAUAAGAGAAAUUAAUAAUAGACAAAAAUUGUCAUCUUUAGCGUUACUUGGACAAGAAUUUUGGCAAAGCAAUAUCGCUAGUCUUAAGAGUGACAACGAAAUUACAUCACCAGAUACUAGCAGUGGCAUCGGUUUAACAAUUUUCAGUUCCAACACAAGCUGUACCAUGGAUCAAAAUGAAUGUUUGUCUCCCUUAUCUGACACAAUUUCUACAAUAAGCAGUUUCUCAUUGAAUAAUACUCAGCAGAUUCUAAGUCCAACGUCCUCAAAUAGUUUCUCUUGUAGUGAUCCAAGUCCGAUAAUCGGAAAAACCAGCACCUUCAAGCUACCAUUGACCCCAAUUGUAAGUGAACCAUUCACUAUUCAGGGCAGAACAUCGAGUGGCUCGAGCGAUUGUAGUCAAACAUCACAAAAACAAAUAAUUAAUCUUGUUCCCACUACAAGACCACAACCUCCAACGACAUUGAAUUUAAAAAGUCCACCAACUCCACCACCUAGACUUUCAAAAAUUUCGAUGACUCCAUCGGAUCACAGCAACUUUAGCGUUACAUUCACGUUCAGUGCCCCUCAACAGCAGCAGCUCGACACUGGAAAAAACAAUCCGUUUCCAUGUGACAUUAAACGCCUAUCUCCGGAGGGCCAGUGUAAUAUAAAAGACAUAUCGAACAGUGAAGAUGAAGUGUUAACCAUUGACAACGAAAAGAGCAUGCUCACCUCUAGCUCUAAAAGAAACCGUAGAAAAGAAUCGAAACAUUAUCAAGAAUCUGAUAUUAUAGAAUCAACAUCGUCAUACUGUCGAAGUGGGUUGUCAGAAAAACAAUCAGAUUAUGAAGACCUUUGGACCCACAAUGACGCAACAUCGAAUGGCCGAUCUCUUUCCAGUUUCAGAGGAACGAUUCCAAAUAAAAUUGAUUUAAAUACUAAUCAAGGGCUCAAACAAAUGGGAUCAUCCUCUACGCUUCUCACACCAAUUAAUGUUCACCCAAACAUCAGCACCAAUCCAUUUCUCAGUAAAUUACAUCAAAGCAGCACCAAUUUAUGCAACGCAAUGGGUCACGAUAAUCGAAUCAAACAAAAUCGGUUCAGUUGGGACCUCUCCUCGAAUAAUACAGCACAAAGCACCAAAAAUAAAGACUGGAUUCCGUUUGAAAAUUCUAAAGAAUUCGAUGAGUUGUGUACUAUGCGCAAAGUGACCGAUGAUACAGUGAAAAGUGCUCAUUUGGAAGGAAAGAGGAGAGGAAUAGCUUUCGAUUCGUGGAUGUCCAAUGACGGUUUGAAAGACAGGGAUCUAAAUAUAUUGGAGCAGCAAUCUAAAUGUUCAAUUAAUCGAAAUAGCAACAUUUUGUUGCACAAACUCAUACUGAAUAAAUUUCCUGACCUUUCUUUCGAACGAACAAUUGUUGGCGAAAUCGACAUCGAAAAUUACCGACAGUCAAAAUACGACAACGUUGACGGAUGUCGAUAUUCGGAUACAACGUAUAGUGAUGGGACCAGGUACAGUGACCCUUGGCACUGGGAAUAUCAAAUUGGCGACACCUCAAGCAUUAGAAGGCCAAUCAAUAAGACUCAAAAAACCGCAACGAUCGCUAGUCGUCAUCGUGUAAGAGAAACACAAAAUAUCUUGAUUUUCGUUUCAAGCGAUUCGUUAGAUCAGGAAAAAAUCUCUUUAAAAUUUGCCAUGAAAUUCUUCAAAAGGUUGUGGCUCGCAAAGUGCGAGAACCCGAAUAAUGGCCGGAAAACGCAGAGAAAUUUUGAGAUUGAUUGUAAAUUCAAGGCAUUUCCGAAUGACCAAACAAAUAAAAGUUGCAAAGCUCAGAUGCUGCAGAAAAACUCGGACAACUUGCAGAAACGUCUGGAAAACUUGCAUGAUCUAUGUCAUACCGAACGAGAAAUUGUGCCGCCAGACGAGUUUUUUACUGCACCAGAAAUAGUCGAGUUGUACAAAGAAGAGAGAAUGUUAUCCACUUGGAUCAUGGUAGAACUGGACUGUGAGGUUGAUGAAAAAAGUUCCGAGAAAAAGAAUGAUAGUCACAAAUCCCUAGUGAUAAUAAAGGGGAAACCAAUAUUCACAACAUACGAUAAAGAGUGCUUUCAAAGGUCUCUAAUGGGACCAAUUUUAGAACCUGUGAUCGUUCCUGUUACUAGGGCAUCCGAAUAUUUGCAUCACAAAAAAGGAUUGAACAUCGAGAAAACUUUUGGAUUGAGUGACAAUGGUAGUCUUUUACUCAAUUUGGAUCACAUUUUCGUCUAUAAAGGCAUCGAAUGUUUCCAUUAUGAGCUCAGUAUAUUUUCCUCUUAUGAAAUUGCUCUAGAAAUCACCGACAAGUACAAAACAAGGAAAAGUCUUUUGAAAAAGAUUUUAGAGUGGAUAAAACACUUUCUAGUUCAUCCACAAAAUCGUACAUCUAACAUAAGUCCUGGCGAAAGCGUAGAGGCAUAUGCAUUAGAACUGGCAAAAAAUUCUUCAUCGACUUUUGCUAAAAAUGUUGAAAAUUUCAUUUGUUGCACUAAAGAAUCACACGAGACAUCUCCACAAGUGGUAAUGCGUAACAUGCGGCAGUUUAUGAGUGGCAUGAAAAACUAUCUUGUAAAACACGGCGAAGGAAACUUUCAGGAGGAGGUACAGCAAGCGUGUUCACGAUUGAAGCCAAAUGAAUUUUUGAAUUUGGACACCAUUCUCGAAAAUGUCAUGCAUAUUUUGGUCGUUUUGCCACUAAAAGAGCAUCUUUACAAACUCUUUGUUGACUUUUACACAAACUCCGGCGACCUGAAACUAUUGAUUGACAACAUUAAGCUUGCAAGUGAAUGUUCACCUGCUGAUUUAGGAAUCGAGGAAUCAAAUAUAACCCUGCCAGAUGGUCCCGAAUUACUAAAUUUAUCCAUGCUCAUUCAUCGGAUGGAGGAGCUUGAACUGCCAUUAGAGAAAUUAAACGUUCUUUUUACCCUGGUAAGCACAAUUUUCAAAUACUCGAAGAACGCAUCGAUGAAUGCCGACGAUUUCUUGCCCACCCUCAUUUACGUCAUCGCCAAAACGGGAUUUGUGUCGAGUGAAAUUGAAGCGGAAUUCAUGUGGGGCUUAAUAAAUCCAACUAUGCAUUCUGGAGAGGCCGGUUAUUUUCUAACCACUGUAUGUAGUGCAGUUCACACGCUGAAAACAUUGUCGCUAGAUGUGAACCACAAGACAAUCCAGACGACAAAUCCUUCUUCAAUUUUGAAAGUUGUGAUUCCAGAUGAGAGUAAUGGGUCCACCCAAACGAGAACAAUCCCAGUGCGACCAAAUACCACAGUACGAGAAAUUUCACGUAUUAUUGCACACAAAGCACAAAUAACAAACUCUCAAGACUAUGGAUUGUUCAAAUUAGUCGGAGGUGAAGAAAUACUCCUCGCGGAUCACGAUUGUCCGCAAGAAGUUUCGGUUCUCACACAGAAAAAGUGUGUAUUCAUUUAUCAUCGUCUCGAUGCAAAAAUUGCUUGGCCAACCCAAUAAUAAGUAUUACCUACAUUUUAUAUAAUAUUUAAACCAUAA